AAGCUCUUUUUGCACAGUAGGGGUGGGUCACCUGAGCUAUUUUUCUCGUUUUCAGAGUCGACCUGCUCACACAUGAUGGCCCAUUGACGUGGCGUUUGUCGUUACACGUGGGAUGCAUUUUCGCAGCCAAAUAAGCUCAACGCAUAUUUUCCUAAUUUGGAGGGCAAAAAACCGUAGGGCCCGGAGGAAAAUAUGACGUGACCACAACGGGGGAAAAAAAAGAGAAUUCACGGACUCCAAAUAUAACAACAGGCGCCGCCAGGGUCCGGGAUCGAACCUGCAAACUCCCUGCACUGCAGACGAGGGAGAUGACGUCUCCUCACCACCGCAGCGGCGCCCCUUGGAGAAACAAACCAUGGGGAACAAAUAUGCAAAUAUGCAAACGCUUCCAUACAGUUAAUUCAAUGCUUCUGUAAAAAAAACAAUUUAGAAUGCGUUACAUAAUCCACGCAUAUACAUAUUAUUGUUCUUUCCUUUGUUUACGUAUGUCCGAAUUCUACGAAACUGCUGUAAUGUGUACAAAACACUCCUUUAUCGGAUUAAAAUAUCUGAAUAGAUAGAGCAACGCAGAGCUUGGCCAAUUGUGGGUAGUGCCGGCUCGUGACCGCGUGGCUGGUACCUUCCCAGCCCGCCAGUCUCAUUCCUCAGCGAUUGUGAGAUUUGCAAUUUGCAUGAACGAUGCUACACUGAAAGCUGUACAUUAUUUCUGUACGGUAUUAUUAUUGAUGAUGAUGAAUGUGCCGCAGCGAACGGCAGCAAAUAAUCCUUACUUUCGCCCGUUGAGGACAGGGGGAAGUCGACGUUUCGUUUUUCAUCGAUUGACCUUCACGGUUUAAACUAUCUGGGGGUCGUGGCACCGCGUUGGUGCUGCACGCGCACUCCUAGAGCCGACCAAUCAAGCGGCUCAGAUUGAUACCGUAACGCUGCGUGGAUUCCAAAUCUUGCUCAGUCAUCACAAGGUUCUGACUGGUCCAACGAGGUUCUUGGACCGGUUCUGAUCGUCACGCGGUGAGUUUGCCUGUAUAGUUUACGGCCCCUGGAUGAAGGCCUCCCCACGCCGUGCUGAUCACGGAUGUUAAUUGUUUGUCCAUACUUCUCCAAGAUGGUCAGUGCGGGGCGGGUAAGGGGGCCCAGGACUGAGAUUAAUGUAUCACUCGCCACUGAUGUUAGCCGUGGCCCGGAAUCGAGCCCACACAAUAGCCGCGUUCGCUACGCCCCAUCGCUAAACUCUACAAGAUACACGCGUAAGUAUGCCUUAUGCAGAGUGCAGUUCUGCAAUAAGCCUGCAUGUUCUAUAUAGUAAAUAAUUAUUUAUGUGAUUGAGCGACCUCAGUUCGAUUGAUUCCUGGUGGCGGCGAACCGGUCCUGCCCACACCGCACUGACCAGAGUUGUGAAGUAAGGCCAACCCCCCACACCGCCUCCCACCCUCCCCCCCAUGAGGAAUUCAUCCAUCAGUGGAUUGAGAAUGGCUGGAACAUAUCAAUCAUUCGGGUCAUGGAAUAUUUCAUAUUUUCCAGGGGUCCCCUAUCCACACCCCCCCCCCCACGCCUGCGGGAGGGGGUGUGUGUAGGGGGGGCGGAUAAAUAUUUUCCGGAGCUCGGCUCCGGACACCUCUGGCUGAAAUCAAAAGCUGCCGUGCAUCAAAACUCGCUCAGCCGGGCCAGUAGCAGCAGCAGGAGCAGCAGCGGUGUCGGCGGCGUCGUCGUUGUUGUUGUGGUGCAGGAGUUGGUUGGAGGCGUUUUUCCAGGGGCGGGGCCACAUCAUCACAUCACCGCGGCCUCAUAAAAAGGAGCGGCUUACCUCGACGCGUCUCAGCCACACACAAAAAAACACUUUGAGCCUUGCGCAGCACGCGGGCGGGCCAGCCAGCCAGUGAGAGGCUACGGGCGAGACGACCCGAGCCGAGCGAGGUUUGGGGGCCCCAACAAAGGGCGCAGUCUCGCCGAGACGUUUUGAGAGCUCUUGGAGCAUGAUCGAGUCUAACGCAUUGCACGCAAGCAGCAGUCGGGGCCUGACGGUUCUGUGACCCCCGGUCCGCUAAUUAUAUUCGCAUUGGAGAGGGUGCGAGCGGUCGGUCUGAAAACUGCGCUCCGUAAGCUCGCGCUGGCGGUAGGGUCGAAGAUCGGCGAAGCAGUGAGUUUGUUAGACGCGCGCAUCCCAGACCACCGACUUAGGACUUGAGCCGCGAGUCAUGCUCCAAAACGGCAAAUCGACCAUGAAUCGUCUGGUACGAGUUCUGAGCAGCCGCCACAGCUUGGAUAAGUCUGCCGCGGCGGGGCCCCUUCACGCCGUGGGGGUCCCGUGCGAGAGACCGGCUGCCGGGGUCUCCGGCGACGAGACGAGGAGGCAGGCGGUGAAGAGGCACCAGCACAAGCACAACCUGAGACACCGCUACGACUUCCUCCACACCCUCGGCAAGGGCACGUACGGGACGGUGAAGAAGGCGGUCGACAGAGCUACGGGGAUCAAGGUGGCCAUCAAGUCGAUCCGCAAGGACAAGAUCAAGAACGAGCAGGAGUUCAACCAGAUCCGGCGCGAGAUCGAGAUCAUGUCCUCGCUGCGCCACCCGCACAUCAUCAACAUUUCCGAAGUGUUCGAGAACAAGACGAAGAUCGUGAUCGUGAUGGAGUACGCGGAGAGCGGCGAGCUGUUUGAGCACCUGCGCCGGCGGAAGGCGCUGUCGGAGGAGGAGGCGAGGAGGCUCUUCCGCCAGAUCGUGUCGGCCGUGCACCACUGCCACGCCAACGGGAUUGUCCACCGUGACCUCAAGCUGGAGAACAUCCUCCUGGAUGAGAAGUUCAACAUCAAGAUCGCCGACUUUGGGCUGUCCAACGUGUACCACAAGGACAGCGUGCUCGACACGUUCUGCGGGAGCCCCCUGUACGCCUCGCCCGAGAUAGUGCACGGCAAGCCCUACUGCGGGCCCGAGGUGGACGCGUGGGCCCUCGGCGUGCUGCUCUUCUCGCUCGUGUACGGCAGCAUGCCCUUCAACGCCGACGACUUCUGCACCCUCAUCAAGCAGAUCUCCACCGCCGCGUUCCAAGAGCCAAGCGUCAAGUCAGGAGCCAGCGAGCUGAUCCGCUGGCUGCUAACGGCGGACCCCUCGCACCGUGCCACCGUGGAGGACGUCGCCUCCCACCCGUGGGUCAACGUGGGCUACGACAGCUCCGUGUGCGACUGCCCGCAGACCUGCUGCCGCCGCCAGUCGGCGGAGGCCUCCGCGGCCGCGGGCCUCUCCGAGGGCCGGUGCAACCACGUGUCCAAGCUGCUGCCGGCGCACCAGAACGGCCUGCAGAAGUCCAGGAAGGAGAACGACAUGACGAACCCUCACCAGCGGACGCCCUCCGUCAAGAAGCCCAAGGGCAUCCUCAAGAACAGGACCGGGGAGAGCGGCCACCCGCGGGACGCCAAGGAGGCUUCCGUGGGACACUCGCCGCCGUCUGGGACGCCGUCCGACGGCAGAGCGGAGAAGACCUCCGCGGACAGACGCGAGGGGGCGAAGGAGCAAGCGGCCAAGAUGCCACGCAAGGGGAUCCUGAAGAAUCCUCAGCAGCGGGAGUCCGGCUACUACUCCUCCCCGGAGCACUCGCUGUCCCUGGAGAUGCUCGACAUGGAGAGCGGCCCGGAUCCGUUUGACGACGCGAGUUCUCCGGCGCCGGACGAGCGCCACGUGGACGAGCGGCUGCUGGCGGAGCCGCGGGGCAAGAGGAGCUCGAGCGACCGCAGCCUGGACACGUCGGGCGGCGGCGCAGCGGCGUCGUCUCGGCGCGCCACCGUCUCCAUGGAGGACAUCCUGUCGGAGGCCUCGUGCGGCGGCCGCCGCGACGAAGACGGCGGCAGGGCCGAGCCGCUGUCGCGCUCCACCAUCACGCUCAGCAACGACAGCAUCCUCUCCAACGAGUCGUUCGACCUCCUCGACCUGCCGCGCCGCGACCUCGCCCGCUGGAAUCAGCGGCGCAAGAGGCAGCAGCAGCGGCAGAACCAGCAGCGCGUGCGGGUGGCGCGCUCGGUGGAGGACCUGGUGGCCCCGGAGAGCCGGCCGCGCCAGCCGCGCUCGCUGGGCGCGCUGCUGCUGGACGCCGAUCGCGACCCCCAGCGGCGGUGCCGUUCGGUCAUCGAGAGCUACGACGGGGAGCUGGACUGCGACGACGAGGGCCGGCGGGAAAACCCGACGCUGGGCAACAGCCGGUGCUACCGCGUGCGCGGCACGGCGUCGGGCGGGAGCGCGCGGUCGCUGCUCACCGAGAUGGCGGACGUCACCGAGCAGUACCGGAGUGCCGCCAGCCACCGCCAAAGGGUCCUCUGUUGACGUCCGAGCCGGCGUUGAGGUGUUUCGUGCUCUUUGGGAAUUGAUCGAUGUUAUUAUUUCUAGGUAGCCGGCUGGUUGCUGUUUUUUAUGGUACGUUCAUUUUUUCGAAAUGGAAAUAAUACAUUUCACGCGUUCGAGUGAGACUCUUAUUCCUCUGGAAGAAAUUGACAUUGUCCUUGUCAUGUGCGAAAUAAAUUCAAGAAUGUGCACUCCGGAGGAAAAGCUGAUGAUAAGAAAAGUUUCAUCAAGUUGAGUACGGUUAUUUCACAGCUUAGUUUAUUACUUGAAUGAAUGACUUCAUAUUCGGAGCCGAGUAAGCUCGCUAGCAGUGGCUAACAACCACACCUCGUGCGUACAACAUCUGGACAUCGCGCCGACGGCGAGACCUUGGCUCACGGCUCGACCUUGUCUAGGAGGCCGCAGUGAACGCUUAGAAAUCUCAACGAAAGCAAAGCCACGCGAGUGGGAACGUGCGCUCUGGACGUUGGACGUCGGCUGCAGUCGCCCGCCACCAAAAUUCGGCGUCGCAGGAGCCGCGUCUGGCGUCUCAUCGCACGGCCCGGCCUCUGCACCGUGGCAAGGGACCGGCCAACCGACAAUGACCGGGGAGCGUCAUCGUUUGUGAACAUUGCGUGAACACGUUCUAGCGUUGUCGUAGCGUGGCGAUCGGCGUCUCCCAGCCAAGAACUUCACGAAGCCACCAGCAAGAGAAGUGCCCUCUCCCUGUACAUGCGAUUGAAAGGACACGGUCGCUUUGUUGUUGUUAUUGUUGUUGGCGGAGUCGUUGCCAUCAUUGACUUCAUUAAAAUUAAGGAAUAUGUAUACUGGGCACGACAGGAUAUGUUGAUCAGCUAUUUUGACGGAAAAAAAGCAACAGCGUCGCUGUUCUUUAGCAUUAUCUCUGUUAAUUUAUUCUGCGUUUAAGCUAUUGUUGUCUAAGCUUUGAUAUCAAUUAAUAAAUACCAACGGGAGCCAAUUUGUUGGAUGUCCCGAACAGAGGAAAAUCUUACGUGAUGUUAAACUGACCUAAGUCGGGGCUUAAUUUCAGCCGGACCUUUCCGGGGCAGAGCUUGAGAAAAUAUUCCCGGGAUCUGGUUGUUUGAGGAGGGGGGUGGGGGAGAGGUUUGUGGUUGGGAUUGGGAGCCCCCCUGGAAAAUAUCCCAUGAGAAAUUAAGCCUUGGCCUAAUAUUGCAUUGAAGGGGCAUUGUAACGAUAUGAACAUUGUGUCCGCACGCAAGGUAGCCGUGGUUUGUUGUGGUGGGUGCGGGGGGGGAGGUUUAAGCAGAUGAGUGAGCCUCCCACCGGGUUUAAAGGGCAACUUGUUUUUAGGGCCGAUAUGCUUCGCACGUUGGCGAUGCAGCGGCCCGACACAGCUGCAAGCGGCAAGCGCCUUCACUCGUGGAGGCUUCAGGCCGGGCCGUCGCGCUCAUUAAAUUAUUUUCUCGAGGAAUCGUGACGCUCGUCAAUGUGCGAAACAACAGCCGCCGUGUGUCCUCUGCGUUGGCGCUGAGCUGCUUGUAAUGGUUCGGUGGUCGUUGUGUACAAAAAAUAAAGUUAGUUUUGGAAUUCA